GACAGGACUGACAGGAAAAUUUUCUGGAACGAAGUUUGGGAUUCUCGGUGUGAUUUCGCAUGAUUUAAUCAGAUUUUUCAGGGAAAAUUAGAGGAAAAAACAUUAAAAGGACUUUACCACAAUGUCCCUGCGUGUGAAUAUUUCCAAAUUAGCACGGGGUGUUUUCCUAAAUAGGCCACGAUUGUGGCGGAAUUUCACCCAGAGAACGCCCCAGGAUGGUGGCGGAAACACCGGAAGUGCCAGUGGGGGUGGAUCAACAAUCAAUGUGCCAUCGCAGAAAGUUGUGACACCCCUGCCGCCACUCUCAGAGCCUCUGGAUAAUCUGCAGGAUGUGCAAUACGCCUCUGUGACACAGGAACAGAACACCACGCACGUUACCACCCUAUCCAAUGGGCUGCGGGUGGCAUCAGAGAGUAGAUUUGGGCAAUUCUGCACCAUUGGGGUUGUUAUUGAUUCCGGGGCUCGCUAUGAGGUUGCCUAUCCCAAUGGGGUGUCGCACUUCCUGGAAAAAUUAGCUUUCCAGUCAACUGAAAAUUACCCGGAUAAGGAUAACAUUCUCAAGGAAUUGGAACGUCAUGGAGGCAUCUGUGAUUGUCAGAGUAGCCGGGAUACCUUCAUCUAUGCCGCCAGUGUUGACAGUCGGGGAUUGGAGAGUGUUACAAGAAUCCUCGCGGAUGUGGUACUGCGUCCGACUUUGCAACUGGAUGAAAUUGACAUAGCACGACAGACGAUUCUCUUUGAAUUGGAAUCCCUGAAGAUGCGCCCGGAGCAGGAUCUCAUUCUCACAGACAUGAUUCACGCUGCUGCAUACAGAGACAACACACUGGGCUUCCCAAAACUCUGCCCUGAAUCCAAUGCUCCGCUAAUUGAUCGGAGUACCCUCCUCAGCUACCUAAAGCUCCAUCAUACACCCUCAAGGAUGGUCGUGGCGGGAGUUGGGGUGCCGCACGAUGAACUAGUCCGACACGUUGAGAAGUACUUUGUGGACACCCCAACAACGUGGGGCAGUGAGAACAUCAAGACAAAGGGCCCCAAUGCAGCUGACACCUCCCUCGCACUCUACACAGGUGGCUCGAAGAUUGAGGAAUGCGAAAUUCCCAUCUAUGCAGCUGCGGGACUUCCGGAAUUGGCGCAUGUGGUGAUUGGGCUCGAGGGAUGCUCCCAUCGUGAUCCCGACUUCAUCCCAGCGUGCGUUCUGAACAUCAUGAUGGGCGGUGGGGGCUCCUUCUCCGCCGGUGGCCCCGGGAAGGGAAUGUACACGCGCCUGUAUACAAAUGUCCUCAACAGAUUCCACUGGAUGUACAGCGCAACAGCCUUCAAUCAUGCCUACAAUGACAGUGGGAUCUUCUGCAUUCACGCCAGCGCGCCACCGUCGCAUGUUCGUGGAAUGGUGGAGGUGCUCACCAAGGAACUCGUCACAAUGGCCACAUGUCCGGGAGAGCAGGAACUCCGCCGGGCUAAGACGCAGCUCCAAUCGAUGCUGCUGAUGAAUCUGGAGGCUCGCCCGGUUGUCUUUGAGGAUAUUGGCCGGCAAGUCUUGUCCACGGGACACAGGAAGCGUCCGGAAGACUUUAUCCGGGAAAUUGAACAAAUCCGCUCUGAGGAUAUUAUGCGAUUUGCCAAGAAGUUGCUGUCCUCGAAGGUAGCUCUGGCAGCUCGUGGGGAGAUCAAAGGUAUUCCAAAUAUUGAGGAUAUUCAGUCGGGACUGGGGCACGGUGAGGGGCGACUUCCCAACAGUCGGAGACUCUCCCUCUUCCGAUAGAAUUCUUGCAUUGUAAAUAAAUAAAAAAUGGAUCAGUUGA